CAUGAACAGAAUUAUUGAUUCAAUACAAAAACUAGAUAUAUUUGGAGUGCCUGUAACAUUAUUAACAAAUGAAAAUGAACAAAAAUUUAAAAGCAAAUUUGGAGGAUUUCUUUCUCUUAUAGCUGGAAGCACAAGUUUGGUUUAUUUUUUCUAUAUAAUGAUUUUAUGGAUAAAUAAUGAGAUUUCUCCAAAUGUAAGUUCAAAAUAGAAAACAACAGGAUAUUCCGAAUUUAAAUGGUCUGAUCGAUUAAUUACAUUUAAUUUAUUUGACUUUUCUUCACAAAUUGAUCCAUUUAGAAAAGAAAACAAUAUAAUAACUCCAUUAUUAUUUACAGUUGUUCAAAGCAGAAUUGAAGAAUAGCCACUUUAAUUAUUCAGUACAGAGGAGAAUCCUGGACAAUUUGUUGUUAAUGAAGGAUCUUUAAUUUUAAAUAAUGCUUUUGAUAAGGAUGAAAUACAUUAAGAAAUGAGACAAUAUUUACUUGUAUUUGCUACAUGCACAGAUGAUUUCAAGAUGGAUGGAAAAUAUUGUGCAGAUAAUUAAGUUAUGGAAGAAUAUUUAAAAACUGAUCAUGGAUUUUUGUUUUUAACAAUUAAGUUACACUAAUUGAAUUAUGUUACAAGAGAACUUGAAUCUUUUGAAAAAUAAUAAUAUGUUGCUUUUGAUCCUUAGGAAACAUUAUAUACUUAAAUCAUACUUAAAUAACAAGAAACCAUUAUUGAUGAUGGAAUCCUCUUCGAAAAGUUAAAAAAAUAUUUUUUCCUCAACAAUUAUGAAAUCACAAAUUAGCCUAUCAAUAGUGAUUUUAUGCCUUCCUAAAUUUAGAUUUUAUCUUAAGGUUAAUAUAAGUUAAAAGCAAUUAACUCUUAUUUAUUUAGAAUUGAUAAUAUUUCAAUAGUUGAAAAUGUAAUCAUGCCUAAAUUGGGACAAAUAUUAGCAUCUAUCGGUUCAAUAGUAUAAUUGAUUUUUAUUUUAUAAUAUGUUGCUGUGUUAUACAAUAAGUAAUUAUUUGAAAAUUAUUUAACUCAUGAUAUAAUAACAAUGUAUUAUCCAGAUUUUAAAAGUGUGUAAUUAAACUGGUUAAAUUAAAUAAGUUUUAAUGAAAAAGAUAAUCAAAAAUUUAACUAUCCGAUAUAGAAUUUAAAUUAAGCUUAUAAAGCAUUAUAAAAAGGAGCAAAACAAAAAUGCAGAUUAAAUAAUGUAUUGUAUGAAAUAUCUAGAUUAUAAUUUGUUUUUCAAUAAUAAUUAGGAAAUUCAAUAUUUUAGGCUUGUCAUUCUUUGGGUGGGAUCAUGUCUAAUAAUUUAUUCGAAUCUUUUAGUAUGAAAGAAACUAAUCGUAUGAUAGUGUAUCCAUUUGAUUCAUUAGAAUAAGAAUUUAAAUAAAUUGUUUAGGUAGAACCUUUAGAACUGUUAAUUAAACAAAAUUGA